CAAAACAAGAACACCUAAAGGGCGACAAACUUAACCUACAAUCAAAAGCGAUUAUUUUUUUAAAUCCUUAACAGAACAUCCGAAUAAAAUCUCAAAUUCUUUUGUGUACAAUAACAAUUUUUUGUGAUUCAGGGGCGUUGGAAGGAAUUCAUAGGGGGAGGGGGGGGGGGGGUCAGAAAAAUUUAUAUGGAAAAGUAAAGAAGCUCAGGAUUUUUUUCACAAAAACCCUAGCAAAAUGAAAAAGCUCCCACCCCCUGACUCCGAGCCUGUUGUGACGUCAUUUGUUUAAUCUUAAAAAAGUUCGUGGAACUCCCCACAUUUUCUGAAUUGUAUAAAUAAUAAAAUUUUAAAUAAUUUCUGAACAUUUUCAGUUUAAGACUGAAUUUACGGAUGAUCAGUUAUUAAUCGCAAUGUCAGAUCUAGCACUACUUGCAAUUUUAUUUGUCCUAGUAGCUUGUUUGAUUAUUUCAAUAAUUUACUUAUUGGUUCAUGUUGCAAUUGAGUGCUGUUCGUUUUGUGCAAGAGUAAUAGGUAAGAGAUGUAGGAUAAAAGGAUGAUUGAGGAAGAUUGAGAAAGAUUAAGGAAGAUUGAGGAAGAUUAAGGAAGAUUGGGGAAAAUUGAGGAAGAUUGAGGAAGAAUUGAGGAAGAAUUGAGGAAGAUUGAGGAAGAUUGAGAAAGAUUAAGGAAGAUUGAGGAAGAUUAAGGAAGAUUGAGGAAGAUUGAAUAAGAUUGAGGAAGCAAAGUAGAGCUCCAUUUAAGCGCCACUGCUUUAGUCCAUCGCAUAGCAGAGUUUAGGAACCACUGUCUUCUUAUUUUGAAGAUGACUAAUCGAACACCCAAAACUCAUCGCAAUCUUUUGUUUUGUUUAUACUAAAAUUUUCGUGGAACUCUGCACAUUUUCUGGCUUGUUUAAACAAUCGAAUUUUAAAUAUUUUAAAUUCCUGACUGCUUCAGUUUAAGAUUUAAGUUGCAGUUGAUCAGUGUUAAAUGUAUUGGGAGACUUUAGUUCUUGUUUUAUUUUUUAUUGCAACUCCAAUUUUGCUAGCUUGCAUGAUUCUUGGUUUAAUGCGUCUUUGCAUGUUCAUUGAAGAUAGGUGCAAGGGAAACUCACAACCUCGUCCAACGGAGCUCCAGCAAAUGGCAACAAGAUUAGAACGAAGUUUGCAAAGAACAGCAGAAAAUUCAAGGAAUUCACGAGCUCAAGAAAAUGUAGAAUCUGGAGUUCCUGUACUUUAUUAUUGUGUGCCUGUUGAUGUGUCUGGAGAGCAUCGACAACCAAUUAUUCGAUACCUUCCAGCAAAUGUAGAAUCCACAUAUUCAGUACCAUUAGCAUAUCAGCAGCAAGUGUCGAAUCCAACUUAUACUGCAAGCAUUCCAAAUUGCUCAAAUGUUGUCCAACAUCCAUCAAGUGGAUCAGCUCAUAAAGUUGAUGAUCUUCCUAGUUAUGAUGAAGCACUGGAUCUGGCAACGAAGUUUUAAAGGCAAAUGUGAUGUGACUAGGAGAUGUGAGUUUAUAGGAGCUUAUCUGAACUGCCUCAGUUAAUGAUGAUCAGUGCAGAUGAUGUAUUGGAGUUCCUUGAAGUGUUCUACUUUUGUCACAGUCAUCAAGACACUGCUAGCUUUACUGUCUUACGAUUUAGUUAUUUUUAUAAUACAUAAUAUCAUAUUUGCAGCUAGUGCCAUACCA